UUUGAACUUCGACAAAAUGCGCUUCCCCCCCCCCCCCCUUUUCUUGGAUCAAAUAUCCCCCGUUACGUUGAUAAACUUCAUGCUGGGUAAACAUGCCUAGCUCUUACGGCGCUCAUUCUUCCUAAGUAGUUAAUAUCAUUUGAAAAGGAUAAAGCAGCAGCAAGCUACUAAAUAAUUCCGUCUAUUGCUAAAACAAAUCUUAAUGUGCGAUGAAUGUAUAGUUCUCAUGCUAUAAAAAGGCUUCUCAUAAAAUCGUAACGCAUAAACUCGAUAUGCUGGGGGCAAUCGAUAUCAGGCUCAAAUCAUCAUGGCAAAUCCAAAUUUUGGCUAUGAAACAUAGUUUACCAUGCUAUAUGUCUUGUCGUCUCAUGUAAAUAAUGACUCCAGGUCACACGCGCUCUAUAAUUGCCCUUUCGCCGUGGGGCAACAUAUCUGGGCUGCCACAAGACUCUGCAGAUGGACGUACCACCGUAGGAGUAGAGGUGUUGUUCUCCGCUACCAGUGUGCUUGUUCCCAAAGCUAUCCGUGCUGCCGCGUCUCGUUGGUUCGGACUCCGCGGGCCUCGUCUUGACGUAGAACCAAGCAGCGGCCCCAGCAUGGUGCGCUGUUGUCUCGAUAUGCUCACUUGCCUAGCAAUGGCAACUUCGUAUAUACUUUCCUGCUCUUCAACUUUCGGCUUCACCACCGGCUUGGUCAAGUCCGGAUAGUCUUGACGCAAAGAAGCUGACCGCGCUUGUCUAACCUCAGUAUCAGAUGCUCCUGUGAGAGCAGAAUGAUGAGAAUUUGUAGAGCUCUCGAGUAUUUGCACAGCGUCUCCUUCGGAAUGCUCACUCGACGGCUUGGGCUGAUCGAGAGACUUUUCUAUAGUGGGCAAUGUAUGACUCCAUAUGCUGUCUGGAGAUCGAGUUGGUCGAUGAAAUUUGGAGACGAGUGGCUGACGUUGUUCCCCGUUGACGCUAGACAAGCGCCCAUCGGCAGAAUUGGCUGAUGUGCCAGAUGUAGGUCUCUGCGAUGUCCUCGGCGGUUCAUGUGUGUAUUCGGAGGACUCAUUUGACAUAACGUCAGAGCCUGUGUUUGCUCUACUCCUCGAAUACAUGGGCUGAACUCUUUGAGAUUGCUGCUGCUGUUGUUGUGGAACCCGUUCAAUGUUCAUCUUCUCUCCCUCACCCUCUUCGAUCGUAUUUAACGCAGAUGAGCUGAGCGUCAAAUGACUAGAUGUCACCGGUUCUUUUUGAGCCCUGUUAAGAACUUCACUAAACAUGACACUGUAACGCUCCAUCCUCAUCGUUGGUAUCGUGAUAUUGAGGACCGGGGUGUCUGGCAGGGGUUUGAACAACUCGAGAGACGACAUAGAAUUCCGCUCUCUUGUAUGUAGGUCUCUGUAAUCGUGUCGUGAUGAUGGGGAUAGAGGAGGGCCGCUGUGCCUUUCGUAUGGAUUGCCAGUUGCAGCGAGGUCUUCCUGGUGUCGACCGAACACUGGUUUAGCCCGCGAUCGCAUGCUGGCUGCCCGGCCAAGUUGCGAGGUCACCUUUUCGUGAAAAGGCAAAUCGGAAGACGGGUUUGUUACGGCUCUCCCUCUGCUAGAUGUGGAAUCACUAGCAAGACGCUUGGAGAUUGAUCUUGUCAGAAAUCCCCAUUUCUUGGACUUUUGCUUCGUCCCUUGCCCUGAUUCAUCCACUGGAGCAGCUGUGAUUGAUGUUGUGAUCUCGGCUUGUAAGGCGCCUGCUGGGAUGUAUUGUCGCAUUUCUGAUGGGCUGCUUACAGCAAUACCAAUCUCUGUAAUCUUGGGGUUCGCCUGAGAAAUGUCGAGGUCAGGUUGUGAGCGUGGCACGGAUUGCGACAGCGGCAAGGCCAUGUUGAGACGAAUAAGCGUCGAGGCCCACGUCCGGUGGUGAUGGAUAUGUGACAAAGAAAAAUCGCUGGUCUGUCUGAGAUCCGAAACAGAGCGCUUUGGUAGUAGGAAAGAGGCAGGACAAUGAAAGAAUAAUCUGUUAAAUACAGGGCCAGUGUUGACAAAUGAAUAUGUAGGCUUCACCGGCUUUCGGAGGAUAAAUCGCAAUGGGCGCCAGCUCUGGCUUUCAACGGAGAUUGAAUGCGGGCGAGUCGCUAACUAAAAGCAAUGCAAGUGGCACUGCCCUUGGCAAAUGCAUAGAAACCAAAGCCUUCCGACAAGGGUCUGCGGGCUCUGACAGCCUGGUAUUAGCCCUUUAGCGUCCGACCUCACACGGCGCGUAGCUGUUGCGCUGGUUUCGAGAGAUCUGCAGAGCAUGCCGCUUGUGCUGAACAGGCAGGCGACGACAUGGCUGCCCGCUCAGGUAUGACUAGGGCGGCAAGGGUCUGCAGCCGGCCAUGAUGCCCACAAGUUGGUGUACGCCAGGCCCCUCCAAUUUUACUUGACAUAGAGGGUCAUGGCUGGGCGGUUCGCCGGUGCGUGGAAGCAGUUGCGUCGCGCGUCGCCGAAGAUCUUGUCAGGGGAAAAGCCAGUGGCUCCGUUUGAGGUUGAUAGGUUGUCGAGAAGGAUAAACUGGCGCGGUCUCUGUUCUCGGCCUCGCUACUUGACUAGUCAUUUUGACAAUCUUACGACUUCGUUAGCGUUCUUUACAAACCCGUUGUCCUUCUCGCAGCACUUAAUACGUAUAACGUAGUUCUUUCCAGAAGAUGCAGAGAUAUGGCGGAGUCCCCAUGGCGUGUAAAACAACCCGUCCUUAUUCCUCCACUCCGCCAGGCUUCCAGUGAACAAUACGCCUGCUAUUGUCCUGCUUUCGGCCAUGUGUUUCGCUGCACCGAAAGACCAUCCAAAUCUUGCGUGCUUUACUUGGCAAACGACCAAACAACCGGAUCAGCUUCCUCUGCAUGCCGAUGUGUCAUGUCGAUUGCCAAAUCCCACAGUUGAGAGGGGCAUGUUGAAACCUCCACAAGGGGCCGCUAACCCACUAGCUUCGAGCUUCAAACAGCUAUUACAACAUGUCGCUUUGGAACGGGGGCGAAGUCUAGCCGACCGACAGCGGCUUACCCGCCAGCGUAACCGUGACGCCCCGCCCCUGAAGAGCCUAGCAUGCUGCUGUUGUCGGCUAAAACGUCGCCAAAUACUCACCAGUGUCUCGGCUAUUUCUCUGUUGAAGACUAGUUGCAUGGCAAGGUAUUUGGCAUAAAUCAACGGUGUCGUCUGCUCAGACGACUCUAACUGCCGUCUUGCUCGGAUGUUAAAUCCGCAUCCCGGAAGGUAUUCGCCUUUAUGCAUUUCUACAAGAAAGGCUUCUCUGGGUAACAGUGACGCUCUAGGUUUCGUUUCAGAGCGCUUCGGCCACUGCAAGCACCCGGCAGUAGAGUCAGCCAACAAGAGGCUCGGGCCCGAAAAGGGGCUGCAGCAAGGAAGAUCUGUAGUUGGCAGAUGAUGAUAUUAUACGGAUUGAAGACAAACCAGUUUCCUUGUCUGUUUGACGCUUAAUUCUGUCAUCAGCCCCCAACAUCAGCUGUAGUUGUUUCCCCUGGUCCGGCAUAUUCUAUGCGUUUGACUUGGCGAUUUGAUAUUUUUUCGGUACGCUUUCAAUUCUGCAUUCUAUCCCAAAUCCAGCCGAGUACGUGGCAGCAAUGACUAGCAGUGACAAUGCUCAUGUACUGAGUGCAGACUGCAUGCAUGUUAUAACUAGGCUGUGGACGAACAAAUAGCCACCUCGCGCGAUGGUGAAAGAUGUGUGUGCCUUUAACUCAGCCAGCCGUAGUGGGGUACAAACAUGGCAACGGAAAAAAGUCGCUCUGGCGGCCCGUCAUUGCUGCCCCGCUUUGAGCUGCUUGCUGAAGCCUGGAGGGGCAACAGGCAACGCAUCUCCAUCACACAAACACCAGGCAACGACGAUUCCGAUUUAACUGUACGAAUCCACGAUAUAGCCGUUUCUAUUCCAUCACACAUCUCCGAAGAAAACAAAAUGUCGUGGCAAGCUUAUAUCGAUACCAGCCUCGUCGGCUCUGGCCACAUUGACAAGGCCGCCAUUAUCGAUGCUGCCGGUGCUAGCUCUUGGGCUGCAUCUGCUGGGUUCACUCUCAAGCCCGAAGAGAUGACUGCUAUCGCCAACAUCUUGUCCGGAAACGCUGCGGCCAAGGAUGGCGCGUUUGCUGAUGGUCUUUACAUUGGUGGCGAGAGAUUUGUCAUGACCAAGGCUGAGGACCGUAGCCUCUAUGCCCGCAAAGGCAACGACGGUGUUGCCAUCGCAAAGACAAAGCAAGCCAUUAUCAUUGGCCAUCACAACAAGGACCAGAUUGCCGGAAACGCUACGUCUACUGUCGAAACACUUGCCGACUACCUCAUUGGCCAGAACUAUUAAUCUUGGGGUAGAAUGGCGGUGUAAGGGGAUGGGCGGCGAGCAUCAUAAAAAGUCGUCGAGUGGAGGCGGUCAUAUGAACUUGAACAAGGGUCUGCUUGACUCCAGGCUUGUAGACAGCAACCGCAAUUCAGCAUGGCAGCGAAUUAAAAUGAAAUAGUAUGGAAAAUAGAGCGUGUUAGUUUAAGCAUACACAGGGCCGCUCCAAUGCUAUAACAAACUGGUUUAGCAUUGCUGCCAAGUCUCUGAUAAUUCUAGCAUAUUUGCAAAAGUCAUCAAUAUCCUUCGUGACCGAAGACAACA